AUGUUCAGGAGGAACUGGAAUUGUGCUACCUUAUAUUCCAGACUCGUCAAUUCUUCUUCAUCUUCAUCAUCUUCUUCUCUUCACAACUUUACUCAUCUCCGUCCCUCUUUCUCUUUCUCUUCCUCAUCGUCUCCCAAUCUCCAUCUCGCACCUUCCGUUGCCGCCUCUAAAUCAUCCGAUCUCCUCUCCGUUGUACGCCACUAUGGAAACUGUUACUCCGAACUCUCCAAAGCUCGUCUCAGUUUGCUCGUGGUUGCAACUUCUGGGACUGGAUUUGUCUUGGGGAGUGGUGGUGCUGUUGAUCUCUCCGCACUUUCUUACACUUGCUUGGGUACCAUGAUGGUUGCUGCAUCUGCUAGCACUUUAAAUCAGGUAUUUGAAGUAAGAAACGAUGGCAUAAUGAAGAGAACGAGUCAGAGGCCAUUACCCUCGGGACGCAUUACGAUACCUCAUGCAGUUGGCUGGGCAUCCUCUGUUGGUUUGGCUGGCACUGCCCUACUAGCAACUCAGACUAAUAUGUUAGCUGCUGGGCUUGCUGCUUCCAACCUGAUUCUGUAUUCAUUUGUAUACACGCCAUUGAAGCAGAUUCAUCCCGUAAAUACAUGGGUGGGUGCUGUAGUUGGUGCUAUUCCACCACUUUUGGGAUGGGCUGCAGCUUCUGGUGACAUUUCUCUAAAUAGUUUGAUUCUUCCGGCAGCUUUGUAUUUUUGGCAGAUACCACAUUUUAUGGCACUUGCGUAUAUGUGCCGUGAUGACUAUGCUGCGGGAGGGUUUAAGAUGUACUCUCUUGCUGAUACGUCUGGGCGGAAAACCGCGGUGGUGGCUUUGAGGAACUCCAUAUAUCUAAUCCCUUUGGGAUUCUUGGCAUAUGAUUGGGGCGUGACUUCUGGAUGGUUUUGCCUAGAGUCCACUGCACUUACACUUGCAAUAAGCGCCGCAGCGUUUUCAUUUUACAGAGACCGUACUAAGGAAAGAGCUAGGAGAAUGUUUCAUGCCAGUCUUCUUUAUCUCCCCAUUUUUAUGGCCGGGCUAUUAGUUCACCGUCGCACAGAUAACCAACAAUUCUUAGAAGUCAACGCAGAGGGUUUGGUGAAAUCUUCCUCCUCUGUGGAAUCUUCAGAUAUCGAUGAUAAAAAUGGUGAUCAGAAGAUCAAGGGUCGGCAAAGGAACCGAGCACGUCCACCUGUAGCAUAUGCUUCCUAUGCACCUUUCCCGUUUUUGCCUGUUCCUUCAUACGACAUUGUUUAA